AUGGUCUCUGAGGAAUGUACCCGACAUGUACAAACUCCUCGCGUCGCAGUUGAAGUUAGGUGCCCAGUUACCGCCUUCUGUGACGAAAUCAAGACAGGCAUUGAACACGCUGUUGUGGAAGAUGAUCCUUUCAGAUGGGGCAAUGCGCGCAAGACUACCAUUCUAAUAAUUGUUUCAGCUGGUUCCAUGAUCGCAGGCUUAGCUGUCAACAUACAGAACCCUGCAAAUGCCCAUAUUCAGAGUGACCUACGGGCAUCUACAUCGGAAAUAAGCUGGACGUUAUCGGUCUUUAUUCUUAUUCAGGGAGUCCCUGGGCUUCUAUGGAGCGCCAUCAGCGAAAUAAAAGGACGCAAGUUUGUCUAUGUAUCAUCUGUAGCAUUAUUCAUAGUUGCCUCUGCUAUUGUCGCCGUGUCCAACACCAUUGGUCUGGUGAUUGGAAUGAGAGCUCUUCAAGCUGUUGGCUCGAGUGCGCUCUUCGAGGGCACUAAAAUGGGCAUAUAUUAUUCUGCUCCGCUCCUGGGGCCGGCGUUGGGCCCAGUAUUCGGUGGUGUGCUGACACAGGGUUUGGGUUGGCGCUCAAUCUUCUGGUUCAUGACUAUUUGCGCCGGAGUUGUUCUCCUUGCCCUGGUUCUCCUAUUCAAAGAUACGUUCAGGAAGGAACGUAGUCUGACGUAUCAGAAUGUCCUGCAGAUGAGAGCAAAGGAAGGGGAGCUGCAACUGCAACACUUGGACAAAUCCAGUCAUGCUUUUUCUGCCACUGACAAGCUCGCACAACCUGCACUAGAAAGCAUAACUUCUCCGCUGCAAAUGGAGGAUCUUAACGUCGAGGCGAAUAGCCCCACCAUUGCACCUGCUUCAUGUAUGAAAGAUGUCAACGUGUCGCUCGCAGACGUCAAUCCCUUCCCUCCACUUCUGAAGAUUCUUACACGCUUAAAUAAUCUCACAAUAUUAUUUGCUUCUGGCUGGAUAUUCGCUUUCAGCUACAGUAUUUUAUAUACCUGUUCGAGAACGUUAUCCGAAUACUACGGCUAUGACGCUCUCCAGAUUGGUCUAGUUCUACUCUCGUAUGGAAUAGGUUCUAUAUGCGGGUCCUUACUUGGCGGCCGUUGGUCUGACCGAACAUUCGCCAGGUUGAAGCAAGAGAAUGGAGGCCAAGGCUACGCCGAGAUGCGAUUGGCCAGCACUCGGCCCGCCAUGUGGUUUUUUCCACCGGCUAUAAUUGGAUAUGCAUGGGUUUGCGAAAGGCACGUUCAUGUCGUGGCAAUCUGUAUUAUGCUCUGUCUCUCUGGGUUCCUCUCGACAUGGAUCUACGCAAGCACGCUGGCAUACAUUGUGGAUGCUAACCCAGGUCGUUCGUCGACGGUUGUUGCCACAAGUAGCACAUUUCGAUGUACCUUUGCGUUCGUUGCCACAGAGGUGGCUAUUCCGAUUCAGGUCGCCAUUAGCGAUGGUUAUUUAUACACCCUCUGGGGUGUCAUUGUGAUGGUAAUGGAAAUCCUGACACUAGCUGUCCUUUAUAAGGGUAAGAAAUGGCGAGAGGCGUCCGAAGAGAGAGACAGGCGAAAAUCACAACAACCCUAA